AUGACGACCGCGUCGCCGACGCCCGCCGGGCCGAGCCAUUCCUCGGCGCCAACACGGAAAUCGUCUCUGCGGUCGGGCUUACGGAGAGGUCCCUCGAGGCCACAGCUCAACCGCGCCGAAUCCAACCCCGGGCCGACCGCCAACUCGUCUCAAGCCCAAUAUGCCGCCCACGACAGCUCCGAUGACGAGAUACCUGUGCCUAUGAAGCUCAGUGCUCUGACCAAAGCACUCCUGAACGAUGGGGGGAACGUGGUGGAGAAGGACUACAACCGCGCGCGAACAACUCGAGCUCAAAGUCAUCGCCCAUCGUCGCCAGUCCAGCCCGAGCAGGAAAAGCCCGUCAAGAGACGUAGUGUCCUGAACGCAUCGAUCGCUUCAAUUGGUGAAGAGAGGAGGCACACCCGCGCUAAUAGUGCGCAGCUAUCUUCGCGGGCUGCCUCGCCGGUUCUGAGCCAACCCAGCAAAGAGAGUAGCCCUCUCAGAAAAAGAGUUGUCCGACUGAGCACCACGUCGCAAGGAACGGCUGCUGCCGGGUCUGCUGCCGCCGCCGCCCAGUUCAAGCCGGCCAAGAGAAGGUCAACAUCGUUAUCAGCAUCGCAGAGCAAGAACCGACCUCCUAGUAGGGAUGGAGCUGCGGAUGAAAGGGGCAAUGCUUCAGAAUUGAAGGAGAAGGAUAUCAACACACCAGGCCAGCAGGGCCGUCUUGUCAGGAUUGCGCUCGGGUCGUCGGGCAAUAGAGGCCAAUCCGCCGGCUCCGUCGCAGUGUCUUCCUCUAGGAGAGCGGACUCUGCUGCAUCUCGCCGCUCCCAUGCCUCUCAGUUUGAUGAACAGGACAUACCCGAGGAGCCACAGACAGUAGCUCGUCAACAGGCAGAGAUUAACCAGGGCAGCAUCUCCCGACCCGGCUCUCACGGUUCCAGAAACCGUAAUGACGAAAACCAACUAUUGCAAAGCCGCUUCAAACGAGUAGGCAAAGUGCCCGGCAGCUUUUUGAGCGGGCCAGCUCGUCGAGGGCGCAGGAGGCAGAGUGAGGAAGAUGCUGAAAACAACGGAGAGCUCUUGCCGUCUAGCCAGGACCCCGAUGGCCAGCAGGCGGAUCUCAUCGACCUAGAGCCGAUAGACAACCUUGCUUCGUCUUACUACGUGCCUGAUCGCCUUGCCUCGGGGAGUCCUGUUAGCGCCAAAAACUCCUCGAGACCUGGGCGUAAGAGGGAAUCGCCGGUUGUAGAGAGAGGUCAGGAAUCACAGCUUUGCCAGACAUCCCCGGACCGCGACGAAAUUCCCAUCCCGCACUACAAACUCCCACCGCCGCGACCAGAUGUGCCUUCGAGGCACGAUCAGGAAAACGAGGCACCGCCUACCUUCAGGAGGAACAAGGCCUUGGCCAGCUCUUUCAUGGAAAAGGAUAUGGUCAAAAUCUCUGCUCAACCGCUGAGCGCCAGUGUUCGUCCCAGCUCCCCUGAGCGCAAAGCAUUAGCAUCUCUGAGCCAGAACACACCCCGUCGGGCAGCCCCAGCGCCUCCUCCCAAGAUGUCGAUUUUAGACGCUGCUACUUCGACCGCUGGAGCGGCAACAACGGCGCAAGGCUCGAGACGACGAAACUACAUGAAGGUCAACGGAAAAUGUUACACCCGAAUCGACUCGCUCGGUCGUGGAGGUAGCGGUAAGGUCUACCGUGUCGCCGCCGACAACGGCAAGAUGUUCGCAUUGAAAAGGGUCUCUAUUGAAGGCACAGAUGAGAACACCGUGCGAGGCUACAAGGGCGAGAUCGACCUGUUGAGAAAGCUCAGCAGCGUCGAGCGCGUCGUUACCCUAUACGACUACGAGAUGAACGAGGAGAAACAGAUUCUUAGCCUCCUUAUGGAAAUGGGCGAGUUGGAUUUCAACACGCUUCUUCGGAUGCGCACUUCUCCCGAGAACGCGAAGUUUGACCCCGUCUUCGUCCGUUACUACUGGCAAGAAAUGCUAGAAUGUCUCUCGGCGGUCCACGCCUACGACAUCGUACACUCUGAUUUGAAACCAGCCAACUUCGUGCUGGUCCAAGGUCGCCUCAAACUCAUCGACUUCGGCAUAGCGAAUGCAAUCCAAACUGAUGAGACUGUCAACGUUCACAGGGAGACACAAAUAGGCACGCCCAACUAUAUGAGCCCCGAGAGCUUGCUCGAUUCCAAUGCCGGCGAUCCCAAUAGCCGCAGGAUCAGUACGAACCCUACACGACCAAAACUCAUGAAGCUGGGAAAGCCGAGCGAUAUCUGGAGUCUCGGCUGUAUUCUUUACCAGAUGGUCUACGGCACACCACCAUUCGGGCAUAUCCCCAAUCCAAUGCCGCGCUGUCAAGCCAUCAUAAACUGGCAGUACGACAUCGACUUCCGCGACAGGGGCAUGGGGGAUGUACACGUGCCGGCAAGCCUGAUCAGGACGAUGAAGCGAUGUCUGAGCCGUGAUCAGCACCUUCGUCCGACGUGUGAAGAGCUGCUUUCCGCUACCGACCCCUUCCUGUUCCCGGUCGAGACGCCCGAGGGCUCGCUGCCCAUCACCGAGGAACUCCUCGGCAGAAUCAUCCAGAGCGUCGUCACACGGUGCAGGGAAAGGAUGCCCACCGAGGCGGAGACGCUGAGUAUUUGGCCUCAGGCGUACUGGGGUAGCGUAGCCAAGGCCGUUGGGAAGGACCUGAGAUCUUCACAAGGGAGGUGA